GGAAGCCACGCCCACUGAGGAAAGCAGCUGCUUCCGGUGUCGGCGUGUGAGCUCAGGACGGGCGGAGCAGUUGUGUACAGUGCAGGUUGACUUGUUUGUUCCCUUGGUCACAUCACCAAGCAAUGGCAAAAACUUACCUCAUCUUGUGCCUUGGGCUUUGGGUGUCUUGCACUCUUUCCAAACCCACUGAAAAGAAGGAUCGUGUCCAUCAUGACCCUCAACUAAGUGAUAAGUCGCAUGAUGAUGCACAGAGCUUUGACUAUGACCAUGAUGCUUUUCUUGGAGCAGAGGAAGCCAAAUCAUUCGACCAGCUGACACCAGAGGAGAGCAAGGAAAGACUGGGAAAGAUUGUGGGUAAGAUAGAUGCAGACAAGGAUGGUCUUGUAACAGUCGAGGAGCUAAGGGAUUGGAUAAAAUUUGCACAGAAGAGGUGGAUUUAUGAGGACGUAGAGCGACAAUGGAAGGGUCAUGAUCUCAAUGGUGACAACCUGGUGUCUUGGGAAGAAUACAAAAAUGCCACCUAUGGUUACAUAUUCGAUGAUCCAGAUCCUGACAACAGUUUUAACUAUAACCAGAUGAUGGCUCGAGACGAGCGUCGCUUUAAAAUGGCCGAUAAGGAUGGUGAUCUCAUUGCUACCAAAGAGGAGUUCACAGCAUUCCUGCACCCUGAAGAGUAUGACUACAUGAAAGAUAUAGUUGUGCUGGAAACAAUGGAAGAUAUUGACAAAAAUGGAGAUGGCGUGAUUGACUUGAAUGAAUAUAUAGGCGAUAUGUACAGCCAUGAUGGAGAUGCUGACGAGCCAGAGUGGGUGAGAACUGAGAGAGAACAGUUUGUUGAGUUCAGAGAUAAGAACCGCGAUGGAAAAAUGGAUAAAGAGGAAACUAAAGAUUGGAUCCUACCAUCUGACUAUGACCACGCUGAAGCCGAGGCUCGACACCUUGUCUAUGAAUCUGAUCAAAACAAGGAUGGAAAACUGACACGAGAAGAGAUUGUGGAUAAAUACGACUUAUUCGUGGGUAGUCAGGCUACAGAUUUCGGAGAGGCACUGGUCAGGCACGAUGAAUUCUAAAGAUGAGGAUGACUCGCCCAUCUCUCAAGCCAGCGAUCAGUGGAACCUCGCCCCUUUGUGGGGCUUCAGCGGGUGGAGAGAACGUAGUGAAAGUAAUUUAUUGUAAACUGACUUUCUGAAACGCAGAGAGGAGGACACGUGCAAACUAAACUGAUUAGUCUUCAGAGGCCACGUCGACAUUACUCUCUGAAUUCUGCCUCAUAAUGAUGACAACACUAUUUUCUUCCUUUCUUUUUUUUUUUUUUUUUUGAUUAAAUCCCUGGGAUUGAUAUGCAGUAUUUAGGUGCAUACAUUUUCAGUGUUGCUGAUUAUUGCUGCCCCAUGUUAUACUUAUCUUCUCGAUUUUUGUUAAUCUGUUUGUUGUAAACCCACGGUUUGGUUGUUGGUAUGGCACUUUUAUGUUUUGAUCAAUUUUUGCAGAAACUUCACAAAGAACAAAUUGAUGUGGAACUGUCCUCAUCAGGGACCAGCCACCCAAACAAAACCUAGAGCCUUAUUUGUGAAUUAGUAUUGUAUGCUUACUCAGACUGCUAUGUGAGUUUUUAGUCCUCUCCAUAGCAAUCACAUUGCUGCCUAUUUUCUCAUUAGCCUAUAAGUUUACAACUUCAGAACUAACUCAGUAUUGGCCCCUGGAUCAUUUCAUAUGUGUAUAUAGUUUUUUUAUUUUUAAACUGUUCCCAAAGCACCAGGAUAUUGUAGUUAUAGACUAUUAGACCGUGCGUCCAGUAAUCCACACAAGAUGUUGCAGGGAAUUUUAAACUUUUGAGUUUUUAUUUUUCUUUUCUUAUUCCUCUUAUACGGAAUAGAUUUAGUUAACCAAAUCAAGCCAGUGUAAUGUAACAGGACUAUUAAUGUACCUUACUGUUAUAAUAGUGUACAUUUGCAUAAACUAGAUGGAAAAUCAACAAGACAUCAAACUAAUAACAUAAUGUUUUGAACGGUUUCUAACCAGAAAUGCAAUCAGCCAUAAAUGUCAUCUUCUUUAUAUUCGCCCACAAUGCCUAUUUUCUUCACAAAAUACUCAUAAGCUAAAUAGAAAAACAAUUUUUGUUGAGAUUAUCUCUUGCAGUGUUGAUGUACUGGUAAAGCCUGGAAUAGAUGCAGCUUUUGAGCCAAAACUGGAUCUAAUAGUGAGAAAAAAUUCUAAGUCCUUGACCUUCCUUUUGGAUCCACUUGGGGUUUGGCUCCAAAAACUGCAUGUGUGAUUCCAGCUUAAAUGCUGGUUCACAUAACCGUGCUCGGUCCGGGAAACACCGGCCAUGUGUCGGCCGCCUGUCCUGCUCCCUUUCUACUGCAUCGUAGUAAUUUGUUCCAGUCAGUACCUUUUUACUGUCAGCUAUUGUCAGAAUUGUUUACAGAUUGUACAUUGGAGAACAGGACAUCAAACAGUUCCUAGCCUUAAAUGCAAUCAGCCGUUAAUAAAUGUCAUCUUUAUAUUUGGCCACAAUGUCUAUUUUCUUCCCAAAAUAUUUGUAAGCUGAAUGGAAAAACCAUUUUUGUUGAGAUUGCCUCUUUGCAAUGUAGGAAUGCUGCCUAUUUGUAAAGGCUGGAAUAACGCAUGCAGUUUUGGAGCCAGAACUAGGAAUAACAAUUUAGUCCUUCCUUUAUACCUCCCCUUCUUUUUGGAUUCACUUUGGGUUUGGCUCCAAAAUCUGCAUCUGUGAUUUCUGCCUAAUAAUUAGUUCCUAUCUGCUCGCAGGUCUAUUGUACUAUGCUCACAUCAUCAUGUAUACAAUAAUCAAUCAGAUAAGAACUGACUGUAUCAUAAAUUACUAUGAUGCAAUCCAUUCAUGUCUGGGAGAUGCGGUCAACAUACAGCCUGUGUUUCCUGGACCGAGCAUGGUCAUGUGAAUCAGCCCUAAAGGUAUAUGUGGAGACAAAUUCCAUGUUUGCCUACAUAGAACCUGGAUGUUUAGACAGUCCCCUCCAACAGUCACUUAUUUUUGCUUAUGGUCACCGAAUAGCACCUCUACACCUAUGUUUGUCGGGCUACAGAAUUUUCAUGGAUGCUAAACAAUCUGUGUUAAGCUCUACACAUGACUUGCAAUUAAAAGAGAUUUUAAAUA